AUGGGUCGACGAUGGCGCGCCCGGCGAGGCCGCGGACGCGCGAAAGCGCGACGUCGGCGCCGACCUGCUCGGGGAGAUCGGCCGCGCGAGCCACGCGUCGGCCGCUUCGCCAAGUCGCGCUACGUGCGCGACACGAGGCUGCUGUCCACCUGGCGACUGCUCGUCGGCCGAAAGCGCGACGGCUGCAUCCAGCUCGAGCAGCAGCUCGACGUCGAACACAAGAAGUACCUGCAGCUCAAGCAAGAGUACAAGGAGUGCGCGAGCGCGCUGGAGGAAUUCCUGUCGCGAGACCACGAGGAGAGCAUGCGAGUUCUGAACCUCGCCGAGGCCGAGCUCGCGCUGACCGCCGAGCUGAGCGCUCGCAGGGACGAAUUGUCGCGGCGCUACGGCCAUGCCCGUCUCGAGGUCUACCACUGGGAAGAGGCAUGGCGGACGGUGCGCGCCUGUCAUCGCUUUCUCGUCCAGCUGUCGCCGCUCGGUAGCCUCGCCGACGCCGACGACGGAGCGCAAGCUGCCGACCGAGAAGCGGUCGACGAAGCCUCGUUUCGGGCCGACGAGACCGACCGACCGACGGCCAGUUUCAUGGAUUUGGGAAACGCCACAUCCUUGGAUUCGCUGAUCGCUACUUUCGAGAAGGAGGCCGUUGGGCUCUCGAAAUCGGCGGCCACGGAGCCAAGCGAAUUGGGCUUGUCGGAAGCCAACGACCUGCUCAAGCUGUUUCGCGACAUCGAGCUGCAAAACCUCAACGCCCUGAUUCUCCUGGAGUCUCUGAACGGGCCGAUGGCCGAUAUGGUUGCUCGCAUCGAGGUUGCCGAGGUGCAGGUCAACCACGAGAUCAACGACGUGCUCGACGACAUCGAGCAGCUCGAGAAAUCCAUCGAGAUUGAGGAGCGUCGAGCCGCGCGUCUGGAGCGCAAAGCGAGUCGCCUGAUGCAGCGCCAGUUCCGCGCGCUGAUCUGCUCGGAGGAGGCCCUGAGAGCGCGCGUCCUCGUGGAAGAGGCCUACGAGAGCUGCGUGGAGGCGAACGAGGCUGGCCUCGAGCCGCUGGCCAUGGCGCACGCCGUCGAGAGCGUCUACGAAAGGCUGAGCGCCGAUCUCGACGGCCUGCCGCCGAACCUCGUGGCGAUUUGCGAGCGCGAUGGCUUUAGGCAGGAGAUGAAGGAGAGCCGCGAGGCCAAGGAGGCUGCCCAGAAGUUCGAGCUCAUGCACCGACUUCUAGCUGCGUUACGGAGAAUCAUGGAACAGACGAAAGAACCAAAACGCCGAACGCUGAUGCGACGAUCAUUGCCCAAGAAUAAGCGUAGAAUAAAGAAAGAAGAGAAGUCGUCGUCGCCUGCAAAGCAAGAUCCGCAGGAUUUCAUCGGAGGAGUUUGUGCUAAAAUCAAAGAUGACUCCAGUGACGACGAUUAG